CCGUUACGCCGAAUUGUAGGCAGAGCGUGCGGUGUCGAAACCGAGGCUGUCACGUCAUGCUCGCAACCUCACCCACCCUCUCAGACGCGAGCAGCUUUUUCACAGGCGCAGACUGACUGACUGACUGGCUGGCUGGAGCUGUAGCGGAUUGCUGUAGUUAACGGACACACUGCACAAUGCGUGAAUACAAGUUAGUAGUCCUUGGAUCAGGAGGUGUCGGCAAGUCUGCGCUGACUGUUCAGUUUGUCCAAGGAAUCUUUGUGGAAAAGUACGACCCCACAAUAGAAGACUCAUACAGAAAGCAAGUGGAAGUGGACGGACAGCAAUGUAUGUUGGAAAUUCUGGAUACCGCCGGAACGGAACAAUUCACAGCCAUGAGGGACCUGUACAUGAAGAACGGCCAGGGCUUUGCACUAGUAUACUCCAUAACAGCACAGUCCACCUUCAAUGACCUGCAGGACCUGAGAGAACAGAUACUGAGGGUCAAAGACACGGAUGACGUGCCGAUGAUCCUGGUGGGUAAUAAGUGCGAUCUGGAAGACGAGAGGGUGGUCGGGAAAGAACAAGGCCAGAAUCUGGCCCGCCAGUGGAACAGCUGCGCUUUCCUGGAGUCUUCUGCAAAGUCCAAGAUUAACGUCAACGAGAUCUUCUAUGACCUGGUCCGGCAAAUCAACAGGAAAACUCCACCACCUGGAAAGCCACGCAAAAAGUCCACCUGCCAGCUGCUCUAAUAAACAGCUGUUCUUUUGCUCUGAGCCAGGUCUGAUUUGCUGCUGUGUCCACAGCAGUGCCAGCAUUCCGACGUUACUAAAACCUAACAUCGAAUGGACUUUCCUGUGUGGUGAUCCCCCUUUAACAAACCAACCAACCAACAAACAAACGGAUUCAAGGCUACAGUGCUAUGUCAGUUUUUUGCACAUCGAUAACAGUCAUCACUUUCCAAUGCCGCACGCAAGAGAUUUUUACAUAUAAUUAUAUAAAUAUAUAUUCUAACUGUGUGCAACUGAGUUAAACGAUUUAAACGAGUAAAUGAAUAAAGUGCUAGACAAAAGAAUUUUAAAACAUACAGAGCCUACACGCAGUGUUAUUGCUAACGGAAACAGCCGCCGUUGUAAAUGUGAGGAGGGAAUGUCUAACAAGGCUGUGCACGUUGCCAUGGCAAUUACAAUGAUAUUUAUAAGCACCACUAUUUUAGCCAGAAAGGAGAGGAAGUCCAAAGAGCUCUAUAUAAACCAUUCUUACAGCUAACUAUCACUCUUUGAUUUCUUUGCAUAAUUUUGUUGAUUUUUUUUGUAACUUUUGCUUUUAUUCUAAACAUUUUCUCCCCUGCCUUUUCUCUUUUAUAAAAUUACUAGAUUUUUUGCUCUAUGGAGAUGUUAUAUUCGCAACAGCUAUUGAUACUGUUUGAGUUUUACCUUAGGAAAAACAACCUGUGGAUACAUUGUUGUAUAUGUAAAAAGUUCAAAAAUAUAAUUUUUCUGUUACUAUCA